AUGACCAUGGGCAGGAUCAUCUUCUAUGAGACCAGCCAGGACUGCCCUGACAUAUCUUCCCACCUGAGCAGGGCACAAGCCAGAAUGACUGCAUCAGAUCCAGCCCAGCACAGAGGCUCCUACAGAAUGAAAAUCUACGAGAAGGAGAACUUUGGAGGUCAGAACAUGGAGCUGAUGGACGAUUGUGACUCCAUCCACGAUCGUUACCGCAUGUCCGAUUGCCAGUCUGCCCAGGUCAUGGAUGGACACUGGCUGAUGUUUGAGCAGCCCCACUUCAGAGGAAGAAUGAUGUACAUGAGGCCCGGAGAGUACAGGAGCUUUAGGGAUAUGGGCAUGGGUGUCAAAGGAAUGAGGUUCAUGAGCAUGAAGCGUAUCACUGACAUAUGCUAA